AUGUCAGAGGCGGAGCAGCUGGACCAGAGCGGAGGAGCUCCUGAUGCCGAGAUCGAAGAGGAGGCCAUUUUCAUCAAGAAGGAGAUCACCGUCGAUAUGGAACAACUAGCUAACGGUGAACCACCGCAACAAGGGAUCUUAGUGGUAUCUCGCAACGAGUUUGCAGAGCACAGUUCAUAUGGGGACAUAUUGUUCAGCAGAUUCGGCAAGAUUUAUGAUGUGUGGGUUCCGGACAUCACCGGUACAGAAAAUGUCGAUCCAAUGACAACAAGCAUGGACGGUAUUGAGGAACUGCCUGCAAAUGAAGAAGCACAGGAGUACGAAGAUGCUAUCAUGGAAGAAAACGAGGACGAGAAGCAGGAGAGUGAAGCUCAUGACGAACAUCAGGAAUCAGCAGAGCCGCCCACUGAUGAUCACGACCAUGAUGACAGCAGAAGCUCCAAGUAUCGAUCUGCAUAUUACGAUAUUCCUCAGCUAAACGAUGACAUAAUUCCCCACCUUGCCGAGGACGGAACAGAACAGGAAGCAGCAGACAGCGAAGCAGCCGCAGCCUCGGAGACGGAUGCUGCAGCUGCUCCAGCUGAUGAAACACAACCAGCUGACGAGCCCGUAGUAGAAGAGGUGCCAGCUGAAAAUGAGGCUCCCGUGGCUGAGGCAUCGGUCGACGUUGAAGCUUCAGCUGAACCUCCCGUAGCGGAGGCCCAGGUUGAGACUGAAGAAAAAGCAGAUGAGGGCAAGGUGGAAGAAACUCCCCAAGCAGAAGAACAGAUGGCUCCUCCUGGAGGAACACCUGUUCCUGCUGAUGCUGAAAAGGAGUUCGAAUUGCAAGCACCACCAGAAGGCAAGCGUCCACGUACCCCCAACGAUCUCGACAACCCUCCUGAGGCAGUAGAGGAGCCUGUAGAAGAAGCUCCGAAAGACGUAGAAGAGCCACCGAAAGAAGAGGAGGAACCACCGAAAGAGGUCGAGGAAGCUCCCAAAGAAGAAGCAGAACCACAAAAGGAAGUGGAAGAGGAGGUUGUUGAGAAGACCGAAGCCGCCCCACAGGAAGCUGCACCAGCUACGCCUGCUGCUUCAGAAAAGGUUGAGUCUGUUCCGCAGACACCGAAAUCGGCCACAGGCUCAGUACCACCAACGCCAAAAUCGGCAGCAAAGGAGGCAUCUGCCACUCCAGUGGGGUCUGUGCCUCCAACGCCGCAGACGGCCACAGAAGAGGCGUUCGGAACACCGCAAGGCUCAGUGCCAGCGACGCCAAAGACAGAUGAGAAGUUCGGAACUCCUGCGGGAUCUGCGCCAGCUACUCCCAAAGAUUCCGCAGGAACACCAAAAAUGGCAAAUGGUGCUAUUCCAAAUGGUAGCAUCCCUGGAACUCCGGCCACUAAGGUUGAAACCCCAAAGGUGUCGACACCCAAAGGAACUGGAACCCCGAAAGCUACCGGAACACCGAAGAGCAACGUCGCCUUCAACUUUGAAGAGACUCCGGCGACCCCUAAGGAAACCGAAGCGCCGUCUACACCUGCAAAAUCAGUUAAAUCGCCAAGAACGCCUCGCACGCCGAAAACACCAAAAACACCGAAAUCGGCGAAGUCACUAGCUGCAGACGAGCCGGAGCCACCAAAGGAAGAGCAUGAGCCUGAGCCAGCCCCGGCACCGGUGGAGACAGAAUCCGCAGAGGCGGAGCCUACAGAGGCCGAACCUGCGGAGGCGGAGUCUAAGGAGGCCGAGCCGGCAGAAGCUGAGCAUGAAGAGGCCAAGCCUGAAGAAGCUGCUGAGGCGGAAGCGGCCGAGGAAAUGCAUGAAGAGCCACAAGCCGAGCCAGCUGAGGAUGUCCAUGAUGAAGAACCCACAAAGGAAGCGGAGGAAGAAAUUCCACCACCGACUAAAGUUGAAGAGGUUGCUGCUGCACCAACCAGACGAUCUCCAAGUCCUCCUCCCGUUCGUCAGCGAGCAGCAUCACCCUCCCCACCACGUCGUGCUCGCCCAUCGUCGCCGUCGCCUGAACGACGUCCAGCUCGUGAGCACGUCAGCUACGACCAGGAUUCCCAUCGCCAUGUUCCUCCUCCACGAAUCCCCACUGCAACAUCAUUUUCGUCGUGGAGCCCCCCUGAAAAAUCGUCCUACACUGCUAUUAGUCCCUUUGUAACGAAUCCCAACAAGUAUCGCAAUGAGUACACUGCCGACUGUAACUACCGCCCUAAAAGCUCCUACUUGAGCCAUUUUGAUGACAUCGUCAGCACAGGAGCUUUUUCAUCUGCUCUUUACUCAACUACAAGACUGAUCGAACGAUCACGUAGCCGCACACGUGAACGUCGACAAGCAAUGCGCUCACAGAGAUCCAUGUCCAACUACUACAGGUACACGUCGCAGUAUCCAGCUCCAACUCGUGCUCGUGAGUACUCAACGCCGCCGUCGCGUGAAUACAGCAGACCACCGUCGCGAGCUGGAUCGUUCAUCUCAUUUAUGGAGUACUCCGGAUCAAAGAAUGGGGAACUCUCCCGUAAUGCCUCUCGUUCUUCCAUCUACGAUUCUGCUCUUUCCCGUAGCAGGUACUGUCUGGAGUUGUACAAGCCUUAA